GAAGUUCAAUAUUGACUACGACAUCUUCGCUGGACUCGAGACACCGGGUUUCAUCAAGAUUUUGACCAAAGCGGAGCUGGUGCUGAUGACCACCACCGAGGACUUGCAAGACCCAGCACCUCCAGAUGUGCUGGAAGUGUACCAGAAGGCUGGCGUCCACUUCGUGGGCGUCGGGCCACUCCUGGACCAAACGGGAGCGCUACGUGCUGCCGUACACAAAUUUGAGACAGGCGUUACUUCCAGCUCCAGCGCUGAUGUUUUAAAGCAAGUGCGAGAGGCGAAGGAGGCCGGACGCCGUGUGGUGUAUGCUUCGAUGGGAACAGUUCUGACAGGCGACAGCCCAGACUUUGGAUGGACGGUAAAAACACAGAGAGCCGAGGGACGACGAAAGGGGCUGACAGGAAAACAGCUCUGUCAAGCAGCCUUUGGCGCGGUCUUUGAUGCCUUCGGUGAGAACUCUCCGCCCAGUGAGGCGCCUUUAAUUGUGAUGUCCACGGGGCCACAGCCAGAUGCGUUGGAAAAUCUGGAGGUUCCAGAAAAUGCAGUGUGUGUGCCGGAAGUGCCUCAGGUGGAUUUGUUGCGUUGCGGCGUGGAUGUCUUCUUGACUCACUUUGGACAGAACAGCUUCAUGGAGUCUUUGUCCGUGGGCAUUCCCAUGGUGGGCUGCCCUGGCUUUGCAGACCAACCAGCGAACGCACAGAAGGCUCAAGCGAUGGGCGUUGCGCUGCAGGUGGAUCGACCAGUUCCAGAAGAUGGUGAAGAGCCAGCUGCCAUGCAGCAGUACCGCAAGGAGGUG